UGAUUAGCUUCACGUUAACGAUGCAAGAGCGGAGUUGAUAAAAACCACCGUUCACUGAUGGCUGAAAAACCAUUCACGAUUUGACUCCGACUGCAAGAAGUACUGCAAGACGUUGCUCUACAGUACUAUUGCCAUCUGCAAUCGGGAAGGAAAUUACAUUGGAGAUAGUUAUGAAGACCCGUAAGAAUUUACCGCCAUUCAAGAAUUGGCAAAAAGUGGCUCCUCAAAUUGUUUGUGCGAUAUCAGCAUCGUGGGCCAUGCUUUGUACAGGUCUCGUUCGCGGAUGGAGCUCGUCAGCUAUCCCUCAACUGACGGUACAAAAUAAUGAAACAUUGUACCUCGAACAAGAAGAAGCCGCUUGGAUAACUUCAUUACCACCGCUAUGCGCGAUUUUUGGAAGCCUGCUGAUUGCAUUUCCUAUGGAAUUAUAUGGUCGUCGGAUGACACUUGCCACCAUCUCAAUACCGUACAUAAUGGGAUUUUACCUUAUGGGAUUGUCCUAUUACCUGAAAUCGACAUCGCUUCUUUUCGUUGGUCGUAUUAUCACUGGCUUGUUAACUGGAGCCUCAUCACCUACUUCGCAGAUUUAUGUGAGCGAAUGCUCCUCUCCGAGGAUAAGAGGAGCUCUGGGUUCUUUUACGGCCACAUUUCUUUCAUUGGGCAUAGUGAUCGCCUACAUCGUUGGAGCCUUUGUCGAGUGGCAAACUCUCUGUUUCCUAAUCGGAUCACUGCCAAUCGUCUUGGGUCUAGCCAUGUUUUUCAUGCCGGAGACACCCUCCUGGCUUCUUGCCCACAACCAGGAACCACAGGCCGAGGUCGCGCUUCAGAAACUACGUGGAAAAUAUACUGACGUUGAACCGGAAUUGCAACGCAUGAAAACCAAUGAUAACUCACAAAUGUCAGACGUGAGCUACGCCAAAAUACUGACAAGCAGCCAUUUGAUGAAGCCGCUGUUCAUCUCAAUGGCGCUAAUGUUCUUCCAACAAUUUAGUGGCAUUAACGCCGUUGUCUUUUACUCGGCCAGCAUUUUUCAGGAGGCUGGUAGUAGCGUGGACCGAUUUAUGUCCAGCAUUAUGAUUGGCAUUGUGCAAUUAGUUUUCACAAUGAUCUCAGCAUUACUGGUGGACCGAUCUGGACGUCGAUUGUUACUGAUGAUUUCGGGAACUUUUAUGGCAAUUUCACUCAUUGGAUUAAGUACCUUUGUUUAUCUGAAAAACGCCUGGGAAGAGUUAAAUGUCGUCGACGAAAGUAACUCAUCAGGGUCGUUUGCGAUCUCGGAAUUGGGCUGGCUCCCUUUACUUUGCCUUAUGUCUUUCAUCAUUGCAUACUCUAUCGGUUUCGGCGCUGUACCUCAGCUAAUAAUGGGCGAACUGUUUCCACUGGAAUACCGUCAUCGAUUGGGUACAAUAUCUGCAUCAUUCGGUCUAAGCUGCACAUUCAUAGUAGUACGAACUUUUCCUGAUAUGGCAGCGACUAUGGGGCUAGGCAGUGUUUACGGUCUCUAUGCAGCUUGUUGCCUGACAGCUGUUUUGUUUGUUGCAUUUUGUUUGCCAGAAACUAGAGGUAAAACAUUGGAAGAAAUCAACCAAUUUUUUGGUCAGCCUACGUUAGAAGACAUAGCAAUGCAAUCUUGCUUGGUCGACCGGAGAAAUCCACCCCAGUCUUCGAUUAAUGGCUAACAGCGAAGCUUUAGCUCUUUUUUUUUUCAAGUAUUAGAAUUUUCAAAUGUAUGUUAUUGUUUGUUUUGCAACUGUGGCUUCACAUAUAUUUGUUUCUAUGAG